AUGUUGCGUACAGGCCUAUCCUUCCACAGAUUCCCAUUCUCCUUCCCCUUAUCCUUCGCCUUCUCCUUACCCUUCUUAUUCCCCUUCUCAUUCCCCUUCUCCUUCGCCUUCGCCUUCUCCUUCCCCUUAUCCUUCCCCUUCUCCUUCCCCUUCGCCUUCCCAUUCUCCUUCCCCUUCUCCUUCGCCUUCUCCUUCCCCAUCUCCUUCCCAAUAUCCUUCCCCUUCUCCUUCACCUUCUCCUUCCCCUUCUACUCCCCCUUCUCCUUCCGCUUCCCCUUCCCCUUCCCUUUCUCCAUCCCCUUCUCCUUCCCCUUCUCCUUCCCCUUCUCCUUCCCCUUAUCCUUUCCCUUCUCCUCCCCCUUCUCCUUCCCCCUUUCCCUUACCCUUAUCCUUCGCCUUCUCCUUCCCUUCUCCUUCCCAUUCUCCUUCCCCUUCUCAUUCCCCUUCUCCUUCCCUUUCUCUUUUAAGCUCGUUGCCUCCUGGUCGGCAAUGGUCGCCAAGCCUCAGUCUGAGCCCGAAAGGGCGACCACGGCGACGAAGCCCCCUCUGCCUCCGGCUCAGAAGCCCUCGACAGCAACCUCUGAAAAGAUUCCUCACCCCGGACCCGCGGCUCUCCUUGUCGCGGAUGUGCCUGGUUCAACUGCGACUGUUGUCGCUCCGACUCCUGCAACUGCUGCUGUUGCGGCUGAACCCCUGGCGUCCCCUGCUGCACCGCCGGAGUCUGCCGCCGACCCCUUGGCUCCCUCGCCUGUGGGACUUGUUGCCGCGCCGGAGUUGCCGACUCCUGCCUCUGCCUCGUCCCCGCAGGCGGCGUCCGCCACCACUGGCGGCCCGGCCCCGUUGGUUGUGCCGCCGGUUGCGGAUCCGACUGCACCUGUUGUGCCACCGACUGCUCCUGGGGCACAGCUGUCUCGCCCGCCGUCACCUGGCCACCGCGCAUCUCGCCCUCAUUCUCCCGCUCCCCAACAGGAUCGUCAGUCCUCGCGGCGCCGGCGCAAUUCUCCCCGUCGCCCGCAUCAGCAGGCCCAGUGGCACGCGAACCACGGCGGCCGCGGUGGCUGGUGGGGUCCCCGCGGUCGCGGAGGUGGGGGGGCGUACGAUCCGCCCGUGAGGAUGGCGGAUCUGCAACGGGCGGUGUCAAAUGCGGUGCGUGAGGAGAGGGCCACCCAGACCCAGGGCAGCUCCCACGCUGCCGUGGCACGUGCUGCUCCUCAUCAGGCAGUACUCCCUGUGGUUCCACCGCCUGCUGCACCCAUCCCUCAUCAGAAUCCGGCCCCGUCGGCUCCCGCUGUUUCUGCCUCCGCUCCUGUUCCUGGGUCUCGGCUUCGUCUCCCGCCCGUUCCGCCUGUGGCGGGGGUUGAGUUUGUGGCCGCGGGUGGAGGAGCGCGGUAUCCCCAUCCCGGAGUUGGCGGUUCAGCAACUCCUGCCCUCGAGGAGCCGUUUCAGUUUCUGGCGCAGGCAUUACAGCCUCCACAGUCCCGUGUUCCGGAGGCGACUCUCGCCCAGCUCUUCCGCCUCGCGGAGAGUUUUCACGCUCUGCUCCUGAUACAGGUUCUCGCGCAUUCGUCACUUCCUGCAGUUCCCCCCGAGACGUUCCAGGAUCGCCACCGCGAUUCGUGCCUGGAUGCAGCCGACCAGCUCGCAGUGCUGCUGGCGCCCGUGCUGGCUGCGCCCGUAGAGGGUGGGGUUGCGGCUGCUGGGCAGCUCGAUGAGGCUGUGCGCAGCCUGAGGCGCCAUUUGCGUGCAGGUUCUGGAGCCGCCGCGAUUGGAGCAAGCACGCUUGUGGUCCGGGAGCUGUGGCGCUCCCUGACGGGCGUUCUUCACGCCCUUGGAGCUCACCGCAUGUAG